AUGGAAACUCAACAUAUUAUUCUGUUAAAAAAUCCCUCCUUGUUCCUUCUCCCCAAAAGCUCUUCAUCCACCACAUUCAAAUCACCAGCACGUCUGGGCCGCACAUUCCGCCAUGUGUUACUAGCUUCCCACCCCUCUUCCGGCGCAGCCCCUAAGCGGGAGAAAGAUGCAAAAAAACGGGUCGUCAUUACAGGUAUGGGUCUCGUCUCUGUGUUUGGAAAUGAUGUUGACACAUACUACGAUCGUCUCUUAGCUGGGGAGAGCGGAAUCAGUUUAAUAGAUAAAUUCGAUGCAUCAAUAUUCCCAACACGAUUCAGUGGACAGAUUCGUGGAUUUAAGUCAAAUGGGUAUAUUGAUGCAAAAAGCGACUCUAGACUUGAUGAUUGUUAA